AUUGUAAAAUAAAACCCCAGUAGCUGGCAGUCUUAUGUUACGUAAAUGUUCUCGCCUCUAUAAAUUCUCCAUGAACGUUACUUUUACUUUCAGAAACUACUAAACCUUGGCCAUGACCACUUCCUCUUUUCUGACCUCUGUGGCAAUUUUUACUUUGAUUACCCUGCAUGUUGGUGCUCUGGACACAUUUAUAGCUGCAGUGUAUGAACAUGCUGUCAUAUUGCCAAAUAAAAUGGAAAUAACUGUUUCUCAGGAUGAUGCUUUGCUUCUCAUGAACAAAAAUAUAGAUAUUCUGGAGAGAGCAAUUAAGCAGGCAGCUGAGCAGAAUGCUCGAAUUAUUGUGACUCCAGAAGAUGCACUUUAUGGGUGGGAAUUUACCAGGGAAACCAUUUUCCCUUAUCUGGAAGAUAUCCCAGACCCUCAGGUGAACUGGAUUCCAUGUAAAGACCCCCACAGAUUUGGCCGUACACCAGUACAAACAAGACUUAGCUGCCUGGCCAAAAACAACUCUAUCUAUGUCUUGGCGAAUAUUGGGGACAAAAAGCCAUGUGAUUCCCAUGACUCUGCAUGUCCUUCUAAUGGCUAUUAUCAAUACAAUACCAAUGUGGUGUACGAUACAGAGGGAAAACUGGUGGCACGUUACCAUAAGUAUCACCUCUACCAUGAGCCUCAGUUUGAUGUCCCUGAAAAGCUGGAGUUGGUAACUUUCAACACCACCUUUGGAAGGUUUGGCAUUUUCACAUGCUUUGAUAUACUCUUCCAUGAUCCUGCUGUUACUCUGGUGAAGGAUUUCCACGUGGACACCAUACUGCUUCCCACAGCUUGGAUGAAUGUUUUGCCUCUUUUGACAGCUAUUGAAUUCCAUUCAGCUUGGGCAAUGGGAAUGGGAGUUAAUCUUCUUGUGGCCAACAUACAUCAUAUCAGGAAAAACAUGACAGGGAGUGGUAUCUAUGCACCAAGCUCUCCUAAAGUGUACCAUUAUGACAUGGAAACUGAGUUGGGAAAGCUCCUCUUUUCGGAGGUCGAUUCACAUCCCCGAGUCUCUCCUGCUGACUCAACAACCAUGAACUGGAGUGCCUACGCUACGGCCAUCAAACCAUUCCCAGUACAGAAAAACACUUUCGGGGGAUUUAUUUCCCAGGAUGGGUUCAACUUCACAGAACUUGCUGAAUAUGCAGGAAAUCUUACAGUCUGUCAAAAAGAGCUCUGUUGUCAUUUAAGCUACAAAAUGUUAAAACAAGAAGAGAAUGAAGUGUAUGUUCUAGGAGCUUUUACAGGAUUGCAUGGCCGAAGGAGAAGAGAGUAUUGGCAGGUAUGCACAAUGCUGAAGUGCAAAACUACUAAUUUGACAACUUGUGGACGGCCAGUAGAAACUGCUUCUACAAGAUUUGAAAUGUUCUCCCUCAGUGGCACAUUUGGGACAGAAUAUGUUUUUCCUGAAGUGCUACUUACUAAAAUUCAUCUGUCACCUGGAAAAUUUGAAGUGAUAAAAGACGGGCGUUUGGUAAACAAAAAUGGACCAUCUGGGCCUAUUCUAACAGUGUCACUGUUUGGGAGGUGGUACACAAAGGACUCAUUUUACAAGUCAUGUGGGACCAGCAAUUCAGCAGUAACUUAUCUGCUAAUAUCCACAUUAUUAAUGGUUGUAACUUUGCAAAAUGUUGUAAUGGUAUAAGACAUCUCUUUAUCACAUUCAUUUUUGUAUCACAUAUUUUGCUAAAUAUGUUUAUCAGGUUCCCAAGUUUACUAAGAAACUUUGAAGGGCUAUCUCAGUAGUAUAGACUGAUGAUUCCUAAAUAUAUAUUUUUCUCAUCAAGGAUUAUUUCAAAGUAUUAUAGUAAUUUUGUCCUUUUUUUGGCCACUUUGAAAUGUUGCACUGUGGUGUAAUGGGAAGAGCAUGGGUGUACAAGUAAGAUAAAUGAGAAUCAAACCCCAGCUCCAGCUUUAUCUGCUGUAAGACCUCAUGUGUGCUUUUGUGUGUGAGAAGACAGAAAGUGAGGAGUUGCAGGGCCAUUGUAAAAAUAGCCGUGCCCAUGAAGAGAACAGUAAUGAUGGAAAUUGAGACGUUUAUGACUGAAUUUCCUUUGACAUUAAAGAUAAUUUGAACUCA